AUGGGACCAAAUGUUGGAGAGGUUGUUAUGGUAAAACAUAAAAAUAUUUUGAAAAAUCCCUCGGCAAGGAAUUUCACAAGUUCUGAACUGGUCAAGUGGGCCUUUGAGGUCAGGCAACAACCCCUGGUGAAAAUCUUGUCUCCUUCAGGAAUGAAAAGUCUUCAGCUGUCGACUGAGAUAGCGAAAGGUGCCACUGUGAUAAUGUUUUAUAUUCACAAUCCUUUAUUUGAUGCUAAUCAAUACUAUCAUUUGUUACGUGAAGUAGCAUUGGACUACAUCAGGUGUACAAAAGAUAACUCUUUUAAUGAAAUGAUUUCCUCCAGCUUUAACCAUAGACUUUCUUCCAUGAAGAAGAUAAAAGAGACAGUUGAAAUCUGUCGGAAAUCACAUCUGCUAUACCAACUACAACAAAAACAAAACCAUGUUUAUCUACACCCCUCAGAUUACCCCCAACCUUCUUCAAGCUCGUCAGAAACACUGGGCAUGAACAGUAUGUCUCCGCCCUCCCCUAUGUGUCGGUGUUGUGUCAGUGUUCUACACAAGCAACUUCUCCAGGGGCAUGUCUAUCACAAUGUCUGCCUCUCAUGCCGCACAAAUCGGACGGUUCUUUUUUAUGCAAUGGAUGUAAUUAACCAUUCAGUAUUUGCCGAGAGACUAGGCAUUAAUGCCACGGAAUUAGCACGCACAAAGAAGCCAGCGUUAAUCAUCAUUGACGAGAAGGACGAAAAAAGUUACUUUUUAAAAAAACCUUUCACAAAAUCUUUUGUAGCUGAAUUCAUUGCAAACUACACAACAGGCGACAUAGAACGAGAAAUGUUGUCUUCUCCUUCUAGCAAGUCUGUCAAUCACCAAAACCAUAAUUCAAGUGAUAAAGAUAAAAAUUUAAACAGAGAAAGUGGUGUGCCACCUGAUACAGACUUUGAUUCAUCCUCAACCACACCUAAUAUUGUGAGGGUAACAGAAAUUACAUCUCACACUUUCCAGCAGCUUGUUAUAAAUACGUCCAAUGAUGUUUUACUUUUAUAUUACGCCCCCUGGUGUGGCUUCUGUGCCAGCUUUGCCCACAUAUAUCUGUCCUUGGCCAGGUAUUUUCAGCAGGCAAGCAACCUUUUAUUUGCAAGAAUCAAUGGAGAAAGUGAAGAUCUGCCUUGGGAAUACACUGCAGACACCUACCCCACACUGUUGUUUUUUCCAUCUGGAAGGCAACAAGACAGUAUCGUGUUUUCUGAAGAACUGCCCAAAAGCCUGCCAAACCUGAUUCGUUUUGUCCUUCAUCAUGCCACCCAUUCUGUGAGGCUUCGAACUGACACGGCCCAGCGCUGCACAUCUCGUUGCAUAAAUACCAAUUUGCAGAAUGCCUUCAAUCGCAUUUCCAUCCUUGACAAACAGCUAAAACGUCUUGAGCAUAGACUUGCUCGUCUCGAGGGCACUAUUUUCCGUUCGAACUUGCUCAACGCUUCCCACAAGGCAGAUCCCCUGACGACGCCUGUGCAGGCCACUUCCAUUCUGGCACUACGCACUCACUGGGGUCAACAAGUGCAUAAAAAGCAGCACCAAAAACAGAUCUGUCAGAAACUGGUGCACUUUUUACAGAGGACUAGACAGUCAUUGGAUAAAGACGAUUUGGUCAGAUUCAUGAAAGCCAACAACAUUUUAUUAGAAUCGGCACCGAGUCGUUAG